CCGGGCAGCUGCUCCACCUGCCACAACAGCGUCUCCAUGGCGACGGCUCGCCCGGACCCCCGGCGCUUCCCGCCGCAAGUUUGAGCAGCGGCUCUACCUUCCGCCCGUGAGGUAGCCCAAUGGGAACCCGCUUGAGGAAUAAAUAGAGACAUAGCACUCAUGCUGCUACCCACUAUGUCUCUCCAGGGUUGGGCUGGACCACAAUACACACAUUGCAAGUGAGUUCCACGACUAUCUGUGAUACUGCAGUGGAAUGCCAGGCAUCAGAAGCACCUAGACGCCCCCUCCUUUAUGCUAGGCACUGUACAUAUACACAGAAUGAAAAGACAGAACCUGAUCCAAAGAGCUUGCAAUCCAAGACUGAAGAUAACAAAUACAACAGAUGAGAAGAGCACAAGGUACUACAAGUGGAUAAACAAUGUGCAGUGCUCUGAGCCCAAAGGCACGAGGACCUGGCCUUUCUGAUAUGCAUCAAUACAGCCAGUGGCUGGCCAGCAGACAUGAGGCCAACUUAUUACCGAUGAAAGAGGAUCUAGCGCUGUGGCUCACAAACCUACUGGGUAGGGAAAUAACGGCAGAAACUUUUAUGGAGAAGUUGGAUAAUGGUGCCUUGCUCUGUCGACUAGCUGAGACCCUACAAGAGAAAUUUAAAGAAAACAGUUUUGAUGCAAACAAGCCUGGCAAAACUCUGUUUACAGCUUAUAUUCAAAUGGAGGUAAACACACAUCCCUUAUUAAAGACAGGCCUGGUUGACCACUUCUACCUAAUGAGGGCUAGACCCUGCCAGUGCGGAAGAUUCCAUGCAAAGCCAAUGCUCCUUCAGGGUCUUUUUUUGCACGAGACAACACAGCAAAUUUCUUAUCCUGGUGCAGAGAUGUGGGGGUGGACGACACAUGCCUAUUUGAAUCAGAAGGCUUGGGAUGUGGAGCCAAAGAAUAUUCUUCAUCUAUUUCUUCGAAAAGAAUCUACACAGCAAGACAAGGUCCUCCACAAGCAGCCCAGAGAAGUGUGCCUUUGUUUGCUGGAACUUGGAAGGAUUGCAGCCAGGUUUGGUGUGGAACCUCCUGGGUUAAUAAAGCUGGAGAAAGAGAUUGAACAAGAGGAAAUACUUUCAGCUCCUCUUCCGUCUCCUUCACCCUCCCCAACAAAGUCUCCAGGGAAAAAGAGCACAGGAAAACUGUUGGAUGAUGCUGUCAAACACAUUUCUGAAGAUCCUCCUUGUAAAUGCCCCAAUAAAUUCUGUGUGGAGCGUCUUUCACAAGGACGGUACAGAGUUGGAGAGAAGAUCCUCUUUAUUAGGAUGCUGCACAACAAACAUGUGAUGGUUCGUGUAGGAGGAGGAUGGGAGACUUUUGCAGGGUACUUGCUGAAACAUGACCCUUGCCGAAUAAUGCAGAUCUCUCGGGUGGAUGGGAAAACCUCUCCAAUCCAGAGCAAGUCUCCGACCAUCAAGGACAUGAAUCCAGACAAUUACUUGGUUGUUUCUGCCCAUUACAAAACCAAGAAGGAGAUUAAGUGAAAUUAGCUUCUCAUUUGACUGGGACUAUAUAUAUGUAGGUCCAAAUUAUCUUCUUGAGUGUAGUAAAUUUAGUUCAUGCUUUGAAAGGACUUCAGAAAAUUUAACAGACUGAAAAUGGCAACCUGCUUUGAAGAUCUUUGAACUGUAGAACUAUUUAUUUCUAGUACUGUACCUUUUAUAGCAAAUUAUCCUUGAUAGGUUAAUUACUACAAUCAGAUAAGAAAUAGACACAUAUUUUUAGCCAAAUCAUUACUCUUAAAUAUGUGAAUGUAUACUUAGAAUGAUUCAAAGGAUGUGGU